AUGGAGAGAAAGACAGAUGGCUCAACUACAGGUUUUCUUGAUCAUUCUGACCAGCCUCAGUGCCACAUGAAUAUGUCAUUUGGAAACGAUGCCUAUCAGAUUAAGAUGACCCACGUGACAGCAGAUUGCACUACUCCAGGUUCUGUUGAUCAUUCUGACCAGCCUCAGUGCCACAUGAAUACGUCAUUUGCAAACGAUGCCCCUCAGAAACAGGUAGGAUAA